UUGGGUUUCACUUUGUGUGGCAGAGAAGUAGGUCUUACUCAGUGGGAAAAAAAGGGCGCAUCUGUCAGCAUUGGUGGGGGACCUGAAACGUCAUCUCCAGGAUGCCUGAAGGAAGGAGCUUGUUUGGAUGAGCGCAACACAGAAAGGAAACAACCCACAGAGCUCUGACUGACUUCCAGACAACAGUCACUGCUUAUUAGAAUCGGAGGAGGCGCUGCGGGGUGUUUUCUUCUGAUAUCCUAACCAUGAAGCGCGAACUGCAUCUCUUAAACUUUCUCCUAACUUUCCCUCUCAUCAGUGGAUCACCCUUUCAGUACAACAUGUUUCAGGGAAACGCGUAUUCUGCCCCCGAAACGCGACAGAGAAACAAAAACUGGUGCGCCUACGUCGUGCACAAGAACGUGAGCUGCGCCGUGGUUGGAGGCACGGAGAGCUUUGCGCAGCCAGAGUUUUUACCGUGUCCGCCGGAGCUGCCCAACUGUGCGCAACAAGUGAUAUAUCAAACACAUUUUAGGCCCACAUACAAGAUUGGCUACAAGAUUGUGACCGAACUGCAGUGGAGGUGCUGCCCGGGGUACAAGGGUCACGACUGCAUGGAGGUGAAAGACAUGAAACUUCUCCAGGUGGAGCGUUUGCCCCAGGCCUCUUCAAACUCUGGGUAUUCAAACCCACAAGCUCCCAGUCAGAGGAUUGAGCCUCAGAGAAACCAUCCAUCAGCAUGGGAGGGGCAGAUCAGAGGUCAAACGGCGGACAGGCCACCGGAGGGCCAAGGGAGACCUCAGAGCACGCAGCACCUGGAGGAGGAAGUGCAGCAGUUGUCCCAGAUGGUCCUCGACAUGCAGGCCAGGAUGACAGACAUGGCCUCCAACCUGAGGCUUGAUUUCCAGGAGGAUGCGAGUAAAAUGUUAGCCACGUUGCUGAGCGACUUCAAACAGCCAGCCAGCGCUCGGGGUGCAGAGACGGAGAGCUUUCAGGUGCAGGAUUUCUCUUUCCGUCAAGAGAACGUGUCUAUGGUGGAGGUCACGAACAAGAUUAACCAGGUUGCAGAUGAACUGGAGGUACAGAGAGACACCUGGGAGGGCUUAAUGGACCGAGUAAACCACAACAGUAGACAGAUUGAAACGCUAAUGGAGGCUGCUCAGAAAGCUCAAUCCACGGCCCCCCCUGCUGCGCCGGGUAGCGAUGUUGAUCUUAGAGCCUACCUGGACGGGAAGAUCAGCGCUCUGCGAGAAGAGCUGAUGCAGGGCAUGGAAAUCAAAAUGGCCGACCUGAAGAGCGCCUGUGAUUAUAAAAUCAUAUCGGUUCAGGAACAGUGUGAGGGACAGGAGGCCAACUACUUCAGCCUGGCCGAGCUCAUGGAUUCCAAAGAAGGGGACCUCCGCAGCGAGAUCCAGGACCUCAGCACGAAAGUUGCGGAUCUACAGAGAGCGGAACCAGGAGAGUCUCCCUCUGUUCUGGUUCGCCUGGAAAACCUCGAGAACCAUCUGAACACAUCCGAAAGGAAUUUGGCGGCGCAGUGCCUCGCUGUAGGGGAGAACCCCUGCAACGGGCGGGAAGAGGCCAUCAAAGGCUGGGAGAAGAUGCUGGACGACAAACUGGCGUCCGUACAGGAGCGACUCCUGAACCAGUUGACAGACGCAAACACCAGCCUCCCGUUUCAGAAGCCGGAUGCUCUGCUGAAAGACGUCAGCCCUCUAACGGACGCCGUUGAUGAUCUGGAGCUUAAAGUGGACAGUGUGUGCUCAGAAGAGUGCAAAGCUAAUUUAACCGCAUUAGAAGACCUCCACAAAGACAUUCAGAGGUAUAAAUCUGCAGUGGAUAAAAUGGAGACGCAUCUGAACGCUCACACACGGCACAUUGAAUCCAUGAAGGCUCAACUCCUCAGCAUCAACGGCAGCGUUGAGAAUGCGAACAGUGAGUUAGGUGACCGCCUGGACAGAGUAGAAGACUCGAUAUCGAACGUAAUAAAUCAGCAGAACCUAAACUCCUCCAGUGGAAUACAAGAAGAGGCCAUGCAGCAGGUCAAGGACCUUUUGGACCAACACAAUGUCCAGCAUCAGGAGCUGAGACAGCAUUUGGAUGAGCUGGACAGGGAGGUGAAAGCUGAGGCCAAAAGCUGCAGAGAAACAACUCGAGGCGUCGGGGAAGAGCUCACCGGCAUGGCUAGCCGGAUUGUUGACGUUGAGGCGCUGUGCAGCAAGCUGGAUCCCAUCUCCAUCAACCUCCAGAGGAUCAAAGAGGGCCUGAACAAGCACGUCACCGGGCUGUGGACCUGCGUGAACCAGCUGAACGGCACGGCCCGAGCUCACGCUCACGAGAUCGGAGGGCUGAGGGGAACGUGCAAGACCCUUGAGAGUCAAAUCGUAAACGUGGCCAGAGACCUUCAGACCCUAACGUACGGCUCUCCUGGGAAGGAAGGUGCCAGUGUUGGGCCGGUGGAAGCAGGACCUCCCCGGGUCUCAGCUGAGAGUUUUAGAGUGUCAGCUGUCCCUGCAGAGCCCUCUCUCCAGCAUCUACCUGUGCUGGAGACAGGGGAGGCUGGUCCACCAGGACAAAUGACGUCCGAAUUGCCCAAAGGGAUGGACCUCAACCUGAUGUCCGUUCAGGGAUUUGCUGGUGCUCCAGCUCCCCCUGUUAUCUCCACAGACUCUUUAAGAACCAGCAAGCCUCUAGUCUCAGGUGAGGUGUCCUUCUCAGCUGGUCUGACUCUCCCACCAUUGGCAGCAGAAGUCGGAAUAAUCCGAUUCAACAAGGUGCUGGUCAACGAUGGAGGACACUAUGACCCUCAAACAGGCAUAUUCACCGCUCCCACAGACGGCCGCUACCUGGUGACGGCCGUGCUCUCCGCCCAGAGGGGCCAGAGGGUCGCGGCCGUGCUCUCGGUGUCCAACAACAGCAUCCAGCUGCUGGAUUCUGCAGGCUUCUCCUCUGGGGCCACAGCGCCACUGUCUCCAGAACAAUGCAGCUGCAGCGGCCCGACGUCACUGAGUCUGGUUGUUUCGAUGAAGCGAGGAGACCCGAUGGGACUCGUGCUGACCAGUGGGAAACUCGCCGUCUCUGACUCCCAGCAGAUCCUGUCAUCUUUCAGCGUCGUGUUUCUGUACGGCAGCCCGUUAAAGCGGUAGCUCCUCUGACUCGUUACACAAACAGCUGGGAUGGAGCACUUUCAUUCGCCGUGGGUAAAUUAUCAGAAAGAGUGUGACAUGGUCUGCAUUAUGAGUAUUAAUAUAUUGUUUUUUUAAAUUUUAUUUUGCUUUAUGGGUUCAAGAGAAUUGGAAAAGCACACAAACACAUCUUGUCAAAGCUUAAAUAUGAAGAAAAUGCUUUGUAAUUUUAAAUUUAGUCUUUUUAUUAAGGUUUCUUUCAAUAUGAGAAAUUUUUCCAUCAUUUAAUAAUACAACAGCAUAAAGAUAUGAUAUGAAGUGUACUAUCUGUGCAUACAUUUGUACAGCUCGCCUCACAGUUUAAUGCAUUUUUGUCUUUUUGUGUUUACAUUGUAGCUAUCGAACACCCGAUACCUACAAGUUGGUCUGAGCAAUUUAUAGAAAUGACCUGCAGUACCUAAGGUUCGUCAUUGGCAAAUAAAAGUAAAGUUUUAUAAAACUAA